GAUGAUGAAGGGAAUGGUGAUGAAGGUAAUGAAGGUGAUGGAGAAGAUAAUGACUCUGAGGGUGAGGACAAUGACUUUACUGAUUUGGAAAAUGAUAUUGGAGGAGUUACACAAGAGAAUGAAGGGGAAGAUGAGCAUACUGUUAGGGGAAAUGAGAAGGCAAUUAAGGGAAAUGUUAAGACCACCAAAGCUAAAGAGAUUGAAGCUAACCUAGAUGAGAGUACCAAAAAAAAAACUGAGAGAGAUGCAUGUAGUGAUGACUACUAUUAUGACUCAGCAGACCCACCAACUCAAGAAUCUGAAGAAGAGGAAGUUACACAACAUAUCACACCUCCAUCUAAGAAAUAUAGGUUGCCAUCUUAUAAUCCAAAUUGUGAUUUUCCUGAGUUGGAAAAAGGGAUGCACAAGCUAAAGCAGAUUUGGCUAACUACCCAGCAAAAUUCUGGUGCAAGGCUUUUAUGAGAACAGAAGUGAAGUGUGAUUCAGUGGAUAACAACAUGUGUGAGGCCUUUAAUGGAACGAUUGUUAAGGCAAGGAGCAAACCAAUAGUGAAGAUGUUGGAAGAUAUAAGGGUAGCUACCAUGACAAGGAUUGCAAGGUGUAGAAAACAGGUAGAGAAAUGGCCUGGUAACUUUGGACCUAGGAUAAUGAAAAAACUGAAUGAGAACAUAGUUGAAAGUAUAGGUUGGCAUGUUGACUUCAACGGGAAUGAUGGCUAUGAGAUCAAGAAGGGCAUGCAACAAUUCAAGGUGAAGCUACAAGCAAAAACAUGUUCAUGUAGAUCUUGGGACCUCACAGGUAUACCUUGUGCACAUGCAUGUUGUGCCAUAUUUGAUCUAGGCAAAGAUCCAGAACAAUACAUUGAUCAAUGCUACUCCAAGGAAGUUUACAAGAGAAUUUAUAGUCAUACUAUCCAGCCUCUCAAUGGGGAAAUCAGCUGGCCUAGGACUAAUUGUGAAGAAAUCUUAGCUCCCUUACCAAGGCGAAUGACUGGUAGGCCCAAGAAAAAAAGAACCAGAGAGCCUACAGAACCUCCAAUUGGGAAAAUAUCAAGGCAAGGUAGAGUGAUGACAUGUUCGAUUUGUAAACAAAAGGGACAUCAAAAUAGAGUUUGUCCUGCAAAGAGUUCUAUGCCACCUACUGCCUUAGCUUCUGUUGCUGCCUCAACUUCUAUUACAGCUAGUGCUUCACCCUCUGUUGCUGCUUCAACCUCUGUUGGUGCUUCAGCCUCUGGUUCUGCAUCAACUACUAGGAAAAGUAAACAAAGGAAAACAUCUGGUGGUGGAUUUGGUGUAUACAUAAACCCAAAUACUGGAGCACAAAUAUUAAAUCCUGGAAGAAGAGGACAACAAGUGCUAUUAGUAGGAGGGAAAACAAGUGCAACUGCUGCCAAGAAGAAACAGUGAAUGGCUUAACAAGUUGUGGCCUAAUCUUUUGUUAGUGGAUGUGAAUGCCUUAACUUAGUAAACUGCAUUUGGCCUAAUCUUUUGUUAGUGGCUGUGAAUGGCUUAACUUAGUAAACUGUGUGUGGCCUAAUGUAUAUGGUUAAUGCUUUCAUUUUUUGACACUGAUGUAAACAGCCAGUGAACACAUGUGAAUGAUUUAUGGUUAAUGGUUUAUCUUUUGACUUCA